CCCUCACCACCACCACACGCACCACCCUCCCCCCGCCGCCAUGACCACCACCGCCCGCGAGCACCUGCUGGUGGUGCGCCGGCGUAGCCCCCACAUGCGCUACACCCUCAGCCCCGAGAACCUCCGCACUCUCUCUGCCCAGGGUGGAGGUAGCAGUGGAGGCCCGAGCAGUGGAGCGGCUGGUGUCGGAGGCUCACGCUCGGGCCCGGGCGACGGCGGCGCACCUCUGGGAUUGCAGCGGGCCAACAGCGACACGGACCUGGUGACGUCGGAGAGCCGCUCGUCACUGACGGCGUCCACCUACCAGUACACGUUGGGCCGCGGCCAGAACCUGGUCAUCUCCUGGGACAUCAAGGAGGAAGUGGACGCCACCGACUGGAUUGGCCUGUACCAGAUCGAUGAGACGUGUCCGGCUAAUGUAUGGGACUCGAAGAACCGCGGGGUGAACGGCACGCAGAGGGGGCAGAUCGUCUGGAGACUGGAGCCGGGGCCCUACUUCAUGGAGCCCGAGACUAAGAUCUGCUUUAAAUACUAUCAUGGAGUAAGUGGAGCCCUCAGAGCUACAACUCCCUGCAUUACAAUCAAGAACCCUGGAGUUCCAGCGGGAGCAGAGGGUCAAGUGGAUGGCCAUUCCGUGACAGAACACUGUCGGAAGCUGGUCAGCUUCACUCUGUCAGACAUCCGUGCCCAGGGCCUGAAAAAGGGCAUGUUCUUCAACCCUGACCCCUAUCUGAAGAUGUCCAUUCAGCCGGGGAAGAGAGGCAACUUCCCCACCUUCACCCACCACGGCCAGGAGAGGAGAGCCUCCAUCAUCACCAACACCACCAACCCUGUGUGGCAUGGAGAGAAGUAUACGUUUGUGGCUCUUAUGACGGAUGUUUUGGAAAUUGAGGUCAAGGACAAGUUUGCCAAAAGUCGCCCAAUCAUCAAGCGCUUUCUUGGUCAGCUGACCAUCCCUGUGCAGAGACUCUUGGAGAGACACACCUCAGGAGACCAGCCCGUGAGCUAUACCCUGUGUCGGCGGUUGCCCACAGAACAGGUCAGCGGCCAGCUUCAGUUCAGAGUGGAGAUCACUACAGGACAUGAAGAUCUCGUGGGCUCUAUACUCGGCGCCUCCUCCAUGAACGGGGACCCGGGGAGCCCAUCUGACGACGAGGACAUCCUUCACCCCGCCUCCUCCUCCCGCCUCCUCCGUGGCCCCUCCCCCACCGGCUCCGAGGGCUCCCUCCACGCCGACGCCCUCCACAACGGCAACGGAUCUGACGAUGACCGCUUGCGCGAGCUCCGGACGGGUGCCAACGGUGGGCCGGACUCCCCCGACGAGGGCCUCGGCAGUCACACCCACCGGCAGGUGUCCCUCAACGACUACCUGGACGCCAUCGAGGCCCCCAAGGGCCCCGGAGAGAGGCCCCUGGGGGCUGCCUCGCCCAAGCUGCGCUCCAGCUUCCCAACGGACACGCGGCUCAACGCCAUGCUGCACAUCGACUCCGACGAGGACGAGGAGGGGGCCGCCUCCCGCAGCAGCAGCAGCGCGGCCGAUGCCCACCCGCCGGCCCUGACCAACGGGGCGCCGCCAGCGGCCGCAGCAGCAGCAGCAGCAGCAGCGUCGGCCCCUGCGGCAGCACCAGCCCCAGCGCUAGCGGCAGGGGAGGAGGGAGAGGAGGUGUGGCAGAGGAGGCGGAGCCUACAGGCGUCUGCGAAUGCCAGUCAGGAGGAAGCGGCGCGGUCCUCUGAGGCAAGCGGGCCCGCCACAGAAUCAGGACAUGUUGCCAUGGAAACAGACGGAGGGUUAGCCGGGGCCCAGGUGAAUGGUCAUCAGGGUGUACGCUCCCUCCCCUCGGUGCGACACGAGAUCAGCCGCUACCAAAGAGUGGAUGAGCCCCUACCUCCUAACUGGGAGGCGCGUAUAGACAGCCACGGGCGGAUCUUCUACGUGGACCAUGUGAACCGCACCACCACGUGGCAGAGGCCCACCGCACCCCCCGCCCCUCAGGUGCUGCAGCGCUCCAACUCCAUCCAGCAGAUGGAGCAGCUCAACCGCAGGUACCAGAGUAUCCGCCGGACGAUGACCAAUGAGAGGACAGAUGAGCAGGCGGCAGAGAUGCCCCCAGAGGACAGUGAUCUCAUGCACCACGCAAUACCUGAGUACCGUCGGGACAGCGUGGUUCCCCCCUCCAGCUCCCGUUCGCGUCUCUCUCUGCUGCUGCAGUCCCCCAGCGCCAAGUUCCUCACCAGCCCCGACUUCUUCGCCGUGUUGCAUUCCAACCCCAGUGCCUACCGCCUGUUUACAAGUAACACCUGCCUGAAGCACAUGAUCAGUAAGGUGCGUCGGGACGCACACAACUUUGAGCGCUACCAGCACAACCGUGACCUGGUCACCUUCCUCAACCUGUUUGCCAACAAACAGCUGGAGCUUCCCCGUGGCUGGGAGAUGAAGCAUGACCACACUGGAAAGCCUUUCUUUGUAGACCAUAACUGCCGCUCCACCACCUUCAUUGACCCCCGGCUGCCCCUGCAGAGCGCCCGGCCCAGUAGCCUGCUGGCCCACCGCCAGCAUCUGAGCCGCCAGCGUAGUCACAGCGCCGGGGAGGUGAGCACCCGACGCAUGGUGGGAGAUGACCCACGGCAUGGUGGACCCCCAGUUCUUCCUCGGCCCUCCAACACUUUCAACAACCGAAACCAAUGCCAGGACGUAGUGCCCACAGCCUACAACGACAAGAUUGUAGCGUUUCUACGGCAACCCAACAUCUUCGAUAUCCUACAGGAGAGACAGCCGGAGCUCAUCAGAAAUCACUCGCUCAGGGAGAAGGUGCAGUUCAUCCGUAAUGAAGGAGCGUCUGGCCUGGCUCGUCUUUCCAGUGAUGCUGACCUCGUCAUUCUGCUAAGUCUGUUUGAAGAGGAAGUGAUGUCGUACGUGCCGCCCCAUGCCUUACUGCACCCCAGCUACUGCCAAUCACCGCGAGGCUCGCCGGUGUCCUCCCCCCAAAACUCUCCUGGCACACAACGAGCGAAUGCGCGAGCCCCAGCUCCAUACAAACGGGAUUUCGAGGCCAAGCUGAGGAAUUUCUAUCGCAAGUUAGAGACGAAAGGUUAUGGACAGGGGCCGGGAAAGGUUAAGUUGAUCAUACGCAGGGACCAUCUUUUGGAAGACGCCUUCAACCAGAUCAUGUGCUACUCCCGUAAGGACCUGCAGAGGAGCAAGCUCUAUGUCAGUUUUGUGGGUGAGGAGGGGUUGGACUACAGCGGCCCAUCGAGAGAGUUCUUCUUCCUGGUGUCCCGUGAGCUGUUUAAUCCGUACUACGGACUGUUUGAAUACUCGGCCAACGACACCUACACCGUGCAGAUAAGCCCCAUGUCCGCCUUUGUGGAUAACCAUCAUGAAUGGUUCCGGUUUAGUGGGCGAAUCCUGGGCCUGGCUUUGAUCCAUCAGUACCUGCUGGACGCCUUUUUCACACGGCCCUUCUACAAGGGGCUCCUGCGCAUCCCUUGUGAUUUGAGUGAUCUGGAGUACCUGGACGAGGAGUUCCACCAGAGUCUGCAGUGGAUGAAGGAUAACGACAUCGAGGAUAUUCUGGACCUCACCUUCACUGUCAACGAGGAAGUCUUUGGCCAGAUCACUGAGCGUGAGUUGAAGCCGGGCGGCGCGAACAUCCCUGUGUGUGAGAAGAACAAGAAGGAGUACAUAGAGCGCAUGGUGAAGUGGCGCAUCGAGAGAGGGGUGGUGCAGCAGACGGAGAGCCUGGUCCGCGGCUUCUACGAGGUGGUAGAUGCACGACUGGUUUCAGUAUUUGACGCCCGAGAGCUGGAACUGGUGAUUGCCGGCACAGCAGAGAUUGAUCUGGCAGACUGGAGAAAUAACACAGAGUAUAGAGGAGGUUACCAUGACAACCACAUAGUCAUCCGCUGGUUCUGGGCCGCCGUCGAAAGAUUCAACAAUGAGCAAAGACUCCGACUGCUGCAGUUUGUGACGGGCACCUCCAGUAUCCCCUACGAAGGCUUCGCUUCCCUCCGGGGCAGCAACGGCCCGCGGCGCUUCUGCGUGGAGAAGUGGGGGAAGAUCACCUCCCUGCCCAGAGCUCACACCUGUUUCAACCGGCUGGAUCUGCCGCCCUACCCCUCGUUCUCCAUGCUGUAUGAGAAGAUGCUCACAGCCGUGGAGGAGACCAGCACCUUCGGCCUGGAGUGACCUCUCACCCACGACCCGCAAACUCCCCGCUCGCCCGCUCCAGACUGCUGCUCGACCUCCACGACCCUGCCUCUCUCCCUCUCCCUGUCCCUUUUGAAAGGUCUAAAAGUGAAAGGACUCUGCAUAAGGGGCCUGUUCACUGACCCACAGCUAGACUUAAAGGCCAAUGGAGCACGUUAAAAAAAAAAAACCAACACCAUCAGGUGAUUAAACACAGCCUCACUCACACACACACACACACACACACACACACACACACACACACACACACACACACACACACAUCCUCACUGUAGAGAAGUUUACGAUUACAAGACACUCACACAGAGAAACACUUCUGUGCACACACACACACACACACACACACAUACAUUCUCUCUCACAUGCGCCCCACACAUCAUCACCCCUUCUCCAAACUUGUGCCUGGACGGAAAUGGUGGACAGAUUUGAGUUCCUUUAAAACAAAGAGGGUUAAGGACCUAAAUGUUUCUAGAACCUCAAGAGAACCCCCUCCUGUACGAUGGACUCCCACUGGGAACUGGGAGUGGAACCGAUCACAGAUAUGAAAAGAACAAAAGUGGUGUGACGCCUUGUUUUUUUGGAAAAUGUCACAAAGGAAUGGGUGAAAGGGAACCACAGGAAGAAGGAAGCCACUGAAGGAAGAAAGACUUUUCCGACUGAAGGGGAAAGCUUCAUCCCCAGUCUGUAAACCUUGUGAAGGCAUGAAGGUGUGCACCAAUGAAAGAUGUGGUGAUAUAACCCUCCCAUGGAAGCUUGGAUGGAGCUCUUCUGUCUUCUGUUUCUAUAUGAACCAAACUUUUUUUGUACCAAAACACGACAAUAUCAUCAUGUGAAUGUACAGCGAGAUAUUGUGUCACUUAAUCACAGCUUUCUUGUAGUGGCUUUUUGCUCACCUGGGGAAAAAAGGACUUCAGUGAGACCAAAACAACCGGACUUUAAUAUCUGGUGUAGGCACCACGUUUUGACAUUUUCACACUUAGCCUCCCUUAGUUCUUGAUGUAAUGCUGGCUUUUCACCAUUAUAUUAUUAAUAUGUUAUGUUAUUUUAAACAUGGUCAGUAUCAACUUAGUUUUACUUUGUGAAUGAUGUUUAUUUGAGUUAAUCGUUUUAUUUGAUUUUAUUUUGCUGGUAGAUUUGAGUGUCUGCAAUGCAGAAUUUGUCAUGGUCUAUCAGUUUUUCAAGAACGUUGUUGAAGUUCCACACCAAUGCACAAUAGUUUAUAAUAGGAGCACAGGGCACCAUGUUUCACACAAAUUACACACAUCUGUGUACCAAACCACAAAUGCAUGGAAACCAAGAACGAACGUGUAUGUCAUUGGAAAAACAUGGCUGAUGCAAAGAUCAUCUGGAGAGCAACCUGUUCUCUGACAGAUAGAAAACACACACAUACACACACACACACACACACACACACACACACACACUGUGUCACACACACACACACACACACACACAACAUACUGUGUCUUUGCAUUUCAGUCAAUAUCCAAAACAAUGUGGAAGAUCAUCUGAUACUGAAAGUCAUCUACAGUGACUUUCAGAUAUCAUUCUUCAGAUCUCUGGUGGACGAUAAGGAGCAGAGAAGGAGAAACACUAGAUCAAGCAGAGGGGGGGUUCCACAGUCAUUACAGAGUUAUCAUAUCCGGGAACACACUCUCAUUUACACAAUAUAACAGUUUCACCUCAGAGUAUUACAUACAUUUGAUCAAACUUUAGCAUGUUAUGUUAGGCCUGGAAUGUGAGCAUUUAUGUCAUUUAUGUUAAAUGAAGGACACACCUUAUAUUUUUUUCAAAUCAGUUUCCUGUUAACAUGUACAUGUCCUGAUGAUCACCAUGUAGUUCGGUGGGAACAUCAUUCCCAUCGAUGUGUAUCAAACACGUUCUACUUCUUGGAUACACCAUAUCUGGUACACCUGGGCAUGCUCACCUGUGCCCACACUCUUGGGGAAAAAAAAGAUUCUAGAUCUUGAAUGCUUCAGGGCUGGUCAAGCCUUUGAGGGUUCUUUCUGAUUACCAGCGUGGGGGCUAACUAUCAGGCAUGAUAAACAUGCUACAUAAUGAAGUCUUUUUUAGCAUAGACGUCUGUGUAAAUGAGGCUGUUUUUAGAACAGAACCCCUUGAACUCAUUUUUGUUUUGUUUUUUCCAGGAGAGUAGAGUCUACAAAUAACAUGUUACUUUGAGGUCUCCAGAUAUCUGGAAUGUACUCUUACUGUGACACUUUAGUAACGAGUUUGUCAGAAUGGAAGAGAAAUAGAAGGAAUGACACGCUCCACAAUGUUCGCAAAAGGCCGGUGUGUAAGCUCAUGUGGCCUAAGUUUACUUAGUAAAGCAUUUGCUUUUGAUAACUCUCUUUCCCACUCACUUGCUCUCUUUUGUUCGCUCUCUCUCUCUACCUUUCUUUCCUUCUUUUUCUCUUUCACUCUCUCACUCUCAUUUUUCUGUCCGCAAUGCCUGUGUAGAUGUUGCACUGAAUGUACCAAAGGCAUCAGGCUGACUAGGACUACCCUUAGUCAUAUCUCCAAUACACUCUGCUUUUUUUUAUCUUCACCACCAAACAACUACGAGCGAUAAGCUAGACAAUACCCAGGUCUCACAGGCAUUGACGGUUGGUGCAGUAGGCUACGCUAUGCUCCUUAAAAACAGAUGAGCUCAGAGACAUGGCUGUGCAAUAGGGCCCUUGUGGGAAUCCUUAUUUGGACACUUUGGACAAACUCAUCCAAAAACAUUGUUUUAUUGACCACAACUUUGUACAUUGAACCAGUUACAAUUUUUAAUGAUUAAACCCCUAUUUGUAACUUCUAACUACAUACAUUUAGUUCCAUCAGAGAUGGUUAAUUGAUCCUGAAUUUGUUUGUAUGGAUAAACAAUGAUUGGGGCCAUGCAGACACAGUCAAUUUUGUGAAUGAUACUUUUCUGCACCUAUGUAACCUUUUUUCUAAAUAUUGCCACCUUUAUGUAUUUAUUUUGUACUGGGACGUAGUAGUCCUUGACACCCUGUUAUGUGAUUGGACGGCCUCUGUGUCUCCAGUUCCUGCCACUCUUCUGAUUGGGCCUGGGUGACGCCUGUCAGCGCACAUGCUCCACUCUAUGCAAGGCUGUUUCUCCUCAUGUCACCACUGAUUGUAUAAAAUACGAAAACUGUUGGAGAAAAAA